GGAGUCAUUCCAUCAUUCCUGUGAGAAACGCAGAACCAAAAGGUGGCAAAACAUUUUUUGACAAGAUGUCAUCCGAAAAUGUUCAGAGCAACAAAGUUGAAGGUUCUACAGGCAGUAAAAAGUCUGGUGAAGGGCUUUCAGAAGGUAUUAAAGAAAGUGACCAUGGACCUCUGGAGAUCCAGGAGGCCAUCUCCCUGAAAGAAAGGAUGGCUUUGUACCAGGCCGCUGCAUCUAAAGUAGACAUCAGCAACUCCUCUGCUAAUGCUCUAGAGGAAUCAGAGGCAUGCAGAAUACCUGGAGGUUUGGCAAGUGUGAAGAACCAGUUUGAAAAAGGAGAAGCUCAGUACCAAUAUUGGCAAAAAUCUGUACAGAAAAGGACAAGUCAGAGUCAAACCAUGAUGUCUAGCAGUAGGACAGAAACUAGCAUAAAUGAAGCGACCUCAAAAGGAGUGCAGCUGGAAACAUUUCAGUCAGAAAAGGUUUCCCAUCAGGGGCAAGCUUCCAUGGAGGCCAAGAAAAUGUCUACCACCACUCAAAAUAUUGAUAGAACAGGAGUUGAUGCUUCUAUGAAAGAGGAGAUUCCGAAGAUCUCUACACAAUGUUUGAAACAGCACUUUGAGAAAACUACCCAAGGAAAGACAUUUCAUUCUGGACGAGAAAAUGGAACAGCUCCAAAGCAGAUCAAGAUUGAAAAUGGGUAUCAAGAAAUGGUGUGGCCUUCUGCAAAUGUUCAUUCUUCUGCUGAAGCUACUUCUACGACUAGAGGACAGGGAACGUAUAUGGCAAGGAAAACAGAGCACACAUCUGCUGCCUCAACCCCAGACUGUAAUAAGUUUCUAAAGCAUGGGAGUACAGAGGAAUUUCCUCCUCCACCAUCGCCAGAUUUACUACAGGUUCCCUCUGAAAUGACAGAGUUUUCCCAGUCCCCUGAACCCCCUCUCUCUCCAUCCAAGCAAGUUCUCCCCAAGGAUUUAUAUUCCAGGCAAAGAAAUCUUUAUGAACUAAACCGUUUGUACAAACACAUUCACCCCGAAUUAAGAAAGAAUUUAGAAAAAGAUUACUUCAAGGAUAUUUCUGACAUCGUCUGUGGUAGCAACACUGAAAUAGAGCGCUCCGUAGGAGGAGAAGUCCUUCAGGCUAAACAAGUCUUUGAAAACUCAGAAAACAGCCCUCAAAAAAGCAUGAGCCCAGAAAGAGAAAAUUUAGAAUGGGAUGAGAUCCUGAAGGGAGAGGUCCAAUCCAUGAAGUGGAUUUUUGAAAAUCAGCCCCUGGAUUCAAUAAAGGACGAGUCUUCCGACCAGGACAAUGUUAAAACCAUUGCAGGUCAAGAAAUCAUUGCAGGGGGAGACGUUAAGUAUACGACUUGGAUGUUUGAAACACAACCCAUAGAUGCACUGAGUGCAAAUUUUUCAGACGACGCAGGGGCUGCAGAUCGAAUACCAGACUUGGCUCGAGGAGAUGUCCGCACGGGCACCUGGAUGUUUGAAACUCAGCCACUGGAUGCGAUGAAUAAAAUUCACCACGAGCAGGAAGAAGAGCUAAAUGAAAAUUCUGUCGAGGAAAUCACCGGUGGAGAUGUCAAAACAGUAAAAUAUAUGUUUGAAACCCAGAACUUGGAUAGUCUUGGGCAGCUUUAUUCAGUAGAUGAAGCUAAGCUCCUGCAACUGAGAUCAGAACUAAAGGAGAUUAAAGGAGACGUGAAGAGAAGUAUAAGGCACUUUGAAACGUUGCCAAUGUAUGUUAUUCGAAAUGAUUUAGGCCAAAUGCUAGAAAUUAAAACAGUCCACCGAGAAGAUCUGGAGAAAGGAGAUGUCAAAACUGUCCAUUGGAUGUUUGAAACUCAGCCUCUGGACGUCAUCAACAAAGAUUCUGUGGACAUCAAAGUUGUCCGUGGAAUUUCCAUGGAGGAAAAUGUGAAAGGGGAAGUGAGCCGGGCAAAAUGGUUAUUUGAAACCCAGCCUUUAGAUACUAUUAAAGAGUGUGAGGAACCUGCUGCAGAAAAAGAAGUCAUACUGGGCGCCGAUGUUUGCAGAAAAUGUUGGCUCUUUGAGACUCAGCCCCUCGAUACCUUAAAAGAAAAUGAAGACCCAAUUAUUUCACCCACCAUAGAAAUCAUUGGAGGAGAUGUAAACACUACUAAACACCUAUUUGAAACAUUGCCAAUGGACCUGUUGAAAGACAGCUCGGAGGUUAAAAAACUUCAAAAAAUGGCUGCCACCGAGGAAGAGAAAGGCGAUGUGAGGCAUCAGAAAUGGAUUUUCGAGACAAAACCUCUUGAACAGAUUAGGGAAGAAAGAAAAGAAUUCGUAAGAACUGUGAAACUGGAGGAAAUUGACAAGGGAGAUGUGAGCAGCUGUAAGCAUGCAUUUGAAACGUGCUGGUUAAGCAAACGGAAUGAUUCACACAAAAUCCAUGUGGAAGGCGUAACAAGAGGUGCCGUAAAAUUGAAUAAAGACAUUUUUGAAACAACCCCAUUAUACGCCAUACAGGAUAAUCUUGGGAAAUACCAUCAAGUUAAAACAAUUCGUCAAGAAGAGGUGAUCCGGGGCGAUGUCAGGAACUGCAGGUGGCUUUUUGAAACAAGGCCCAUCGACCAAUUUGACGAGAGCAUUGAGAAAAUGGAGAUCAUCAAAGGGAUUACCUCCAAAGAAGUCCAGUCAGGUGAUGUGAAGACAGCAAAAUGGCUGUUUGAAACUCAGCCUCUUGAUGCCAUUAAAUAUUUCAGCAACGUAGAAGACGAAGAAAGUGAGCAACAGACGGAGGUUACGGAAGUGGUCAAGGGGGAUGUCAGGAUGUGCAAGUGGUUGUUUGAAACUCAGCCCAUGGAAUCUCUGUAUGAGAAAGAGACAACGGUGACAAACACCAAUGAAGUACAGAGAGGAGAUGUGAAAACAUGCACCUUGCUCUUUGAAACCCAAUCUCUAGAUGCGAUCGGGGUGGAAUCAGAAACAGCUAAGCUGCACAUGGUUGAUCAGGAGGAUAUCCAAGGCAGUGAUGUCCGCACAGCGUGUUUCCUUUUUGAGACGGAAAAGCUAGAGAACAUACAAGGAGGAGAAGAGGACAACGAACUCAAACGAAUUGUGGAAAUCGAUAUCCAGCCUGGAGAUGUCUCUACUAUGAAAUAUAAAUUUGAGACCCAACCAUUAGACUCGCUCAGUAUCAACUCAGAGGAAGUCCUGCACAAAAUUAAAACCAUAUCAAGUGAAGAUAUACAAAAAGGAGACGUUUUGCGUUGCUGUUGGCUUUUCGAAAAUCGGUCCCUUGGUGAAAUUUCAGAGGACAAAGAAGAAAGGACCUCGGCCCAAACCGUUACAGAUGUACAAGAUGGGCACGUGAAAAAUGGCUGCUUCAUCUUUGAGACCUUUUCUCUGGACCAGAUUAAAGAUGAAGAUGCCAUGGAGGAAAAUACAAAGAAAACCAUCAACCAUGAAGAGAUAACAAAGGGGGAUGUGAAAAGCUACAAAAUGCUUUUUGAGACCCAGCCGCUUUAUGCAAUCCAGGACAAAGAAGGAUACUAUCACGAGGUGACUACAGUGAAGAAGGAAGAAGUCCUCCAUGGAGAUGUACGUGGGACCCGGUGGCUGUUUGAAACUAAGCCUUUGGGCUCAAUAAAUGAGUCCGAAAACGUGUACGUCAUAAAAUCAGUCACCCAGGAAGAUAUCCAGAAAGGAAAUGUUAGCUCAGUUAGGUACCGAUUUGAAACACAGUCAUUGGACACGAUUUCAGACGAGGAGAAGUUAUUUGUCCCCACAGUGAACAGUGUCCAGGGCGGUGAUGUGAAAGCCAACAAGCAAUUAUUUGAAUCUGAAGAAACCCAGAGGGACAAAUAUGUAAGAACAGUGAAUGUCAGCGAAAUACAACAAGGCAAUGUUAAAACAUGUUCUUGGCUAUUUGAAACACACACUAUUGAUGAAAUUAGAGGGGAAGAUUCAGAAUACAAAGACAUCCAGACAGUAACGAGGGAGGAAAUCCAGGAGGGGGAUGUUCAGCAUGCGGUAUGGCUCUUUGAAAACCAGCCUUUAGAUGCCAUUAAAGAAAAUGAUGAGUCUAAUACAGAAAUAGAUAAGGAGGAAAUUCCACAAGCCGAUGUAAAAACCACCACAUGGCUUUUUGAAACCACGCCUUUCCAUGAAUUUAAUGAGAGUAGAAUUGAAAAAGAAGAAAUUGUUGGGAAAAGCGUGAAAGAAACUUUAAAGGAACUUUACUCACAGAAAGUUGUCGAGACUCAUGGGAUCAUCUUGGAGGCAGAUGAAAUUGGAGACGUCCGAAUGGCAAAAUAUAGGUUGAUGAAUCAGGAAGCUCCUGAAAUACAAAAGGAAGAGAUUAUUAAAGGGGAUUUAGCCAACAUCAUGAUAAACCUCCUAUCCAAACCAAGUACUCUGGAAAGGGAAAGUAAAGUAAAUGAAGAUGAAAAGGGCAAUGUAGAUUUGACCAAAAAGCAACUGAUGAAUAGCUCAACAGCGAUGCAAGUUGAAAAAGAAGAGGUAAUGAGAGGCGAUAUACAGCAAGCCAUUAAAAACCUGUUUAAUCAGGAUCGUUUUGUAAAACGUGGGAUUUUAAUUCAGGAAAGUGAAAGGGGUGAUGUUAAUAUGACAAUCUAUUCUCUCUUCCACAAAAAAGAGAGCAAUAAAACCGAACAAGAUGAAGUUAUAGGCGGUGAUGUAAAGCGCACCAUUCACAGUCUUCUCUCUUCUGUAACGAAUCAUGAAAUAGCAGAAAGACCUAAAAUAGAUGAUUCAGAAAGGGGCAACGUUCAGUUUUUUACAACCUGCAUAGAAGCUGGAGCUUUGGACUAUUUGAAAUUACUCCAGUCAGAGACGAAUGAAGCAUUUGCUAGAAAAAAUCAAGACGAGGAAGAGGAAAUAGUAGGGGGAGAUGUUGAAGGCACUAAACUAUUGCUAAAGAAAAAGAAGUCUCAAAUACAGCGGACGGUUAACGAAGCUGACAUAAUUCCUGGCGAUGUCUGUAAUGCUCUUAAAAUCUUCACCACUGAGCCACAAGAUACAUCCUGUCACGUAGACAAAGAAGAAAUUAUAAAAGGGGAUUUGAAGACAACUUUGAAUUCCCUGAAUCAGGCUAUAAAUCAGACCACUGUUACGGAGAAAGAAGAAAUUGCAAAAGCUGACAUCCAUGCAAUUUUGAAGUCUCUUCAAGAAUCAGUUCAUCAACCAAGAGAGACAGAAAAACCAGAGGUCGUUCCUGGUGAUAUUAAACAGACCAUUGAAUCUCUGGAGAAAACAAAACAAACAAAAAAUGAAGUCUGGAGAGAAGAGGUUGUCCAACGUGACCUUGAAUCCACACUAAAACCUUUUAAAGCAGUCCAGCAAUCUUUCUGGGAAACAGACAAAGAAGUUGUCAGAGGCAAUACUCAAACUGCUAUAGAGAGCUUGCUGGAUACUUCCGAAGAAACAAAAUUAAGGCAAUACCAAAGAUUCACAGAGGCCCAGGCAAAACAAAGUAAGGAAAGGUUACUGAAACCAUCUCAACAAUUAGCCCAGAACAAAGUCAACCCAACUGAAUCCUUGAAAAACAAUGAUACAUUUCUUCGGAAGGAGAUGAUGUCCCAAAGGAAGAGUUUUCUCACAGAAGAUGCCAAAGCAAUCCAUUUGGAUCCGAGAUGGAACACCAAGAGUCAUGAGAUGGAGAGGAGAAAUAUGAAGGCCUUACCUAAAUCUCAGCACAAAGUCACUGAAAAAGCAGAUAAAUCUUCCGUGGAUAAAGUCACAGCAAAAAGACAUAGAGAUCAGUAUGUGAUUGACCAAUCUACGUUUUGCAAUAACAUUGAGAAGAAUGAAAGAGCAGAGGAGUCAGAAGCAAGCAGAAUAUUGAUGAAGGGCCAUGCAACCAAUGAAAUGCAAAGUGCGAAACAAAUGACGGGGAAAAAACAAAGCAUCUUUCAUGAAUAUAAAAAUGAAAAAUAUGUUGGUGUGAGAAGUCAGGGUGAGACAAAAGUGAAAUUGGCCCAGCCAACAUGUGAUCGCCAGAGCUCCAAUUACAGAGGGACGGAGCAACUGAUCAACCAGUCAACCGGCCUGAUUUCCAAAGCGGCUGGUCAUCUUGAAACAAAAGAAGUGCAACAAGACAGAAAGCAAUCACAGCAUUCAAAGGAGGUUUGCAGAGGGAAGAAAAAUAAUGUUGUGGCAAGCCAAGCUCAGGUUUCCAUGGCAUCAGAGCAGAAUGUGAAAACCAAUCAAAAAGUCAGAGUCACACAGGAAAUGCACAGGCAAUUCAAAGAGGCUGAAAGGAAGCAAAAGUGCAGCGAGAAAUCCAUUUUGAAGUAUUCGGGAAAAUAUAACGUUGAAGGUGUUGAGGAAGACUUAAGGGUUCAAGUGAAAAAUCUUGGGAAUCCGUACAAGAAUCCUAAAGGCUCAGAUAGAAAGUGCAACUUCAGGGAAAGGAAACAUGCCUACUUUGUCAAAAGAGAGUUUAUCCAAUGGAGUGCCUAGCUGCCGACAAGCAGAUUUUCCAUAAAUCAUGUUUUCGGUGCCACCAUUGUGGUAGUAAAUUAA